UAUUUUCUGUAAAAAUCUUUAGUUUCACGUCGAAGUAAAAUGCCUUCCAGUAUUCCAGGAUUAUCUGGCCUUGGAGCAAUAAAACAUAGUAUAUUUUUUCGAACACUUAAAGGUGGUCUAAAGAUCCCAAGAUAUCAGAAUACGUACCGGUUGAAAUCUUUCACUCCUUUCAAAGUAGAAGUUGUUGAUAAAAUAUUGAAGGACGUAAUGAUUUCUUCCUUGAACGAUAUUAAAUAUCAUCCAAUCGUGUGUCUACAGAUUUGCAAAGAUAUGUCAGCGAAAGUGCGCGAUUUAAUAUAUAAAAAAUCCUACGAUCGUUAUAAAUAUACGGUGAUCAUGACGAUAGUACAAAAACUCGGACAAAGUGUAGAUACCAAUAUGGCGUGUUUAUGGGACCCUGAAAGGGACAAUUAUUGCACGUAUGCUUUAGAAACUACCGAAUUUAUUGCUCUCGGUUUGGUCAUUGCUACUUAUUAUGAAUAAACCGAGUUAACAAGUGA